AUGUCUCUCCGUUUCGCCCUCCGACCACUCGCUCGCCCCACCUUCCGGCCCCUUGUGCCCGUCCUCGCACGAGGGUAUGCCCGCGCAGCGCGGAACGAUAUGGGCGAGGGCGAGGCGGCCAUCUACAAGAUGCUCGACGAAGCGUUUCCGGGGACGCGUCUCGAUGUGCAGGACGUUUCUGGCGGCUGCGGAUCGUUCUACGCCAUCAUGAUCUCCUCUCCGGCGUUCAAGGGCCUCACAAUGGUCAAACAGCACAAGCUCGUCAACGAGUGCCUCAAGGAGACAAUCAAGGGUAUCCACGGAUUGCAACUCAAGACGAUCGCAGAGGACAGCGCGUAA